GGCGGGGCUAAACCCGGAAGAGGUAGAGCCAGACCCACAUUUGGGAAAUAAAAAAAAAAAAAGUGGGGGGGAGACUUUAAAGGGAGAAUCCAGAGGCGGAACAGCAGCGACAACAGCAGCGUUGGAACUAAUUCAGGAAACUUCCGGGACCUGGGGAGCAGAGUCUUAAAGGACAGCCUAAUUUCUAAGAGGAAAGGGACCCAGAGCUUGGUGCCCCCCCCGCCCCCGAUCUAGCAUGUUCUGGUGCCACCAUUGACCCCACUUUGUCUAUUUUUCUCAUGAAGCCAAACUACGUUCAGAAAAACCGCAAUGCACCAAUGCACGGUCUUCCUAGCCGGUCUCUUUUAUCUGCGUAAAAGCUUUUGACUUCCAGAUUAAAAUUACUACAAUGCUUUAAUUUAUUUAUUUUGUUUUAAAUUAACUUCUUCGUUGCACAAGGAACUCUUGGUUAUAUUUCUCUGCUUUUUCCCGGUGCCAAAACGGGAUUCUCGCUGCUUGGGGAAGGUUGACAACCCCUCCCGCUAACAUAUUGACUUGCUUUCCCGGAUCCCCAUCAUAUGCCUUCGGCAAGCGGCACCAUGUCGGCAAGCCCCGUACCUUUCUUGGCGUGGGUCCAAGAAGUGGCCUCGUUGCUUAUGUUGCGAGUGCGUCGCACGGUCCUGCAGACGGCCAUUUUGUUGUGCGUGCUUUUGCUGCUCCUCUGGAUCUCCAUUUUCCUUUACGGCAGCUUUUACUACUCCUACAUGCCCACGGUCAGCUACGUCAGUCCCGUUCACUACCGAUUCAGGACGGACUGUGGCCAGCCUGGACCUGAACUCUGCUCCUUUCCUGUUGCCAACAUUUCUUUCAUCAAGGACAGCCGAGACCAGGUUCUCAUGUAUGGCCAACCUUACCGGAUGUCGCUGGAGUUGGACUUGCCCGAAUCGCCAGUCAAUCAGAAUCUGGGCAUGUUCAUGGUCGUGAUUUCUUGUUACACCAAAGGCGGACGCAUCAUUUCUUCCUCCGCUCGGGCCGCCAUGUUGCAUUAUCGUUCACGAUUAUUACAGAUCCUCGACACGCUCGCUUUCGCCGGCCUCUUCCUCGCUGGCUUUACGGAACAGAAACAAACCGUGGAAGUUGAAUUAUACUCGGAUUACAAAGAAGACUCGUAUAUUCCCACCAUCGGGGCCGUGAUUGAAAUCCAGACGACUAGAAUUCAGAUUUACGGGGCCCAGCUGAGAAUUCACGCACAUUUCACUGGAUUGCGGUAUAUCCUGUACAAUUUCCCUGUGACUUCGGCCAUUUUGGGAGUGGCCAGCAACUUCAUGUUCCUGAGCGUCAUCGUCCUUUUCAGCUACUUGCAGUGGAUCUGGGGCAGUCUGUGGCCUAAAGAAACUCUGUCUGUACAGAUCCCAGGCAGGGAGAAAUCUGGGCCAAUACAAAUUUUGGACGAUUCACGUCGGCAAAUUGUGUUUCCUAAAGAAGGAGGUGACAUAGAAGAAGACAUUUCUCCGCUGGAGCCAGAAGAUGUUGGAAUUGUCGAAGGAGAGAAAUCGUGUAAAGAAGCGUCCACGACGGAGAUGAAGAAAAGCAGUCUUGAAAAGUCCGAUUUGGGGACAGAACCCACCGUGGACGCCGGCUCAAACGAAGCGGCAGAAUACGACUCUCCGGACGAGAUUCCCCUGCUCACCGAGGUCAACCUUCCAGCCCCCUCCCCAGAGAGAAACAGCUCGGAUAUCCUGCCGCCUGUAACCCGGACCCUCGCUCUCAGCUCGGAGGUCCGCCAGAGAAGUAGCUGCUCAAGUUCCUGAUGGGUCACGAGUUCAAGUCCUGCCGCGUGACACCCCCAGCAGCCCACCGCAGGCCUUGCUCUCCCAAGGGCUGCAUUUACUCCCUGCUUAGGUUUACAUUCCAGUCCCUUCUCCGUACACACAAAACACUGUUAAGUUAAAUAAAAGUUGAACGGCGAGUCACUCAA